AUGGCUACUAAGAUCAAGCUCCUCCCCAACCCCCACUACCGCAAGUCCGGGAUCAAGUCCUAUGUCCACCUCAUGCGCAAGUACCGCUUCACCCCUACAAAGGGCGGGCGAUACUUUUUCGGCAGCUCUAUUCACCAGACGGGCCGCCAGUAUACUAGCCUGCCUGUCGGUGGCAAGGCCCGCAUCCAGCACGUCCUGCGCAAGAGAAUCGCGGAUACAGACCAGUCCGGCGAAGUUGGCGCCGACGACGUCCAAAAUGACGCCAUGUACCUGGCGCCAGUCAGUAUUGGGACGCCGGCGCAGACGUUGAAUCUGGACUUUGACACGGGAUCUGCGGAUUUAUGGGUCUGGUCAACCAAACUCCCCCAGGCGACCAUCUCCCAGCACAACACCGGCACAGUCUUCGACCCAAGCAAGUCCAGCACAUUCAAAGAACAGUCCGACUCCACGUGGAAGAUCUCCUAUGGUGAUGGCUCCUCCGCCUCUGGUACGGUAGGCACCGAUACAAUCUCGCUCGGCGGCUUGAAGGUCACAAACCAGGCGAUCGAGCUGGCCGACACCCUCUCCGCGCAGUUCCAGCAGGGAACCGGCGACGGUUUGCUGGGACUGGCGUUUAGCAAUAUCAACACGGUUCAGCCGCAGGCUGUCCGCACGCCUGUCGAGAAUAUGAUCGCUCAAGAGGACAUCCCGAAAUCUGCGGAACUGUUCACCGCGAAGUUGGGUUCCUGGAAAGACGCGGAUGAGCCGGAUAAGGGCGAGUCAUUCUACACGUUUGGGUUCAUCGAUCAGGAUACCGUGACGGCGUCGGGCCAGGAGGUAUACUACACCCCCAUCGACAAGAGUCAGGGGUUCUGGCUGUUUGACUCUGCCUCGGCGACUGUGAAUGGCAAGACGAUUGCGAGGUCGGGGAACAAGGCCAUUGCUGAUACGGGGACGACGUUGGCGCUGGUCGAUGAUGAGACGUGUCAGGCAAUUUAUGAUGCUAUUCCUGGGGCACAUUACGACGAGGACAGUCAGGGGUAUAUUUACCCAUCCAAUACGACAGUGGACAAACUUCCGGUCAUCUCGUUUGCCGUGGGAGACAAGCAGUUUGUCGUGCAAAAGGAGGAUCUGGGCUUCGCCGAGGCCAAAUCGGGGUAUGUCUACGGAGGUAUCCAGAGCAGAGGGAGUAUGACUAUGGAUAUCCUCGGUGACACAUUUCUCAAGGGAAUUUACGCACAUCUCCCAAUCGAAGUGCGCGAAAAGCUCGCGCUUCUCCCCGAGUCUCCCUCCCGCGAAGAGCUAUAUGUGCUCUGGACCCACCUCCUACAGAGGUAUUUCCCCUUCCCUCUUUAUGGUUCUCUCCCCAACCUGUCCGAUCUUCCUGACGAGACCGAGGUGAAGUACGCUCUAGGCAAUCAUCAGGAAUCAGAGACCUCACACAUCUCUCUUGCCGUCAGCCGCGAAUAUGGCCCGUUUGACCGUCUGAACUUCCUCCAUGUCUUCUGCCAGGCUGAGCCCAAGCAAGGACCAUGGUGCUUGGCAGAGCUGCAGGCUAUGUUGAAGGAACAGAUGACAAAGGAAUCUCACAGUCCGAUUGCAAGGGAGCGCGGGAUGACCAUCCACGGCGCGAUCGUAACCGGUCGAGAGGUCAAGUUCUACAAAUUGAAGCGCGACGGCUCGUUUGAAUGCAUGAGGUGGUUGGCUGAGGAGAAGGAGAGUCUGCAUAUCCUUGAGAAUAUGCGGAUCAUUACCUCCCACCUCAUGCAGGUAAACUAUGAGAGUGGGAAUGCCUGCGUCGAGAUCAAUUCGUACUACUACCAGUGCACACCAGCAACAGGUACUUCGACUGCCACCAGCACCUCUUCCUCUGGGUCUGUUACAUCUUCUGCCAACACAUCAGGCUACACAACGACUACUGUAUUCCCCAGUGCUACAGCUACACAAAGCCCUUAUCCUGCGGCCAAUGCCAGCUCAUGUGGGUCGUGGGCUCUCGUUGAUAACGUUUGCUGUCCAUACUACUGUCUCUCGAAUAAUGAAUCCGAGUCCUGCACGAGCGGCUGUACUGGCGGCUGCGGCAGUCCUGAUUCGUCCAUGUGCAAGUCCGGGACAAUGUGGGGAGAACAACAUAGCGUAACCUCGAACGAGGACUGGCAUUACAGCCGCUCAACACACUUUGGUUUGACCAGCGGCGGCGCCUGCGGGUUCGGCUUGUACGGCCUCUGCACCAAGAACAGCGUCACUGCCAGCUGGACAGACCCCAUGCUGGGCUCUACCUGCGACGCCUUCUGCACCGCGUAUCCACUCCUCUGCAAGGACCCUGCUAAUGUAACCCUUCGCGGGAACUUCGCCGCCCCAAACGGGGACUAUUACACUCAGUUCUGGUCAUCCCUGGCUGCAUCCGGCAAUCCCGACAACUACCUCUCCUGCGGCGAGUGUUUCGAGCUCAUCCGUACCAAAGCCGACGGGACGGACUACGCCGUCGGUGAAAGCGGAUAUACCGAUCCCAUCGUCCUCGAGAUAGUAGACAGCUGUCCCUGCGACGCGAACUCAAAAUGGUGCUGUAAGUCGACCCCUUUCGUCACUCCAACGCAAAAUCUCACAAGACCAGGCGGAAGCGGCGCAGACCACUGCGGCGAAAUCGACUUCAAGUACGGCUGUCCCCUGCCGGAAGGAUCCCACCACAUGGACCUCUCCGAUAUCGCCAUGGGCCGGCUACAAGGAAACGGCAGUCUCACCGACGGCGUGAUUCCCAUCCGCUACCGGCGCGUUCCCUGUCCCAAGCCGGGAAACAUCUACAUCUGGCUCCAUGAUGGCGCGGGGCCGUACUACUUUGCUCUGAGCGCGGUGAAUACCAACGGCCCGGGCUCGGUGGUUAGUAUCGAGGUACAGGCCGGUGGCUCUGGGAGCUGGAUUGCACUCGAGCACGAUCCGAACUAUACAAGUAGUCGGCCGCAGGAGCGGUAUGGCAGUUGGGUCCUCCCGCAGGGCAAGGGACCCAUCACUGCGCCUGUUGCGAUGAGGCUGACAGCGCCAGAUGGACAGCAGGUGGUUAAGGAGGGGGCAAUUACCAGCUUUAUCCCGCCGGCGACUGCAGUCACGGGGUUCUGGUAUAUUGAUCUGGGGGUGCAGUUUACCUAG